AUGAAGUUCGCAGUCCUCUCGACUCUCAUCGUCGCCGUGCUCGCCGCGCCCGCGCCCAUCAACCGCGCGGCAGACACUUCUGCUGCCGUAGCUACUGGCACCGCCGUCGCGACUUCGGCCGCUGGCGCUGCCACGGGCAGCGCAGCCUCUAUCGCUACUGCAGCAGGCGCUUCAGCUACUGACGCUGGCGCUGGCACAGAUGCAACCGUGACAGCUACCGACGUCGGUACCGCCGCGACUUCUACCGCAACCGGUGCUGCAUCUGGCUGCGGCGGUGGCAAGCAUCACCACAAGGGUGGUAAGGGUAACGGCGGCCAAGGCGGCGCCGGAGCCGGUGCCGCUACUGCUACGGACGCUGGCGCGGCCGGCGCUGCUUCCGCGACGGCCACGGACGCCUCCGGUGCGGCCGGUGCGGCCGUCACCGACUCUGCUGCUCCCGCCGGCUCCGCCGUUCCCAUCGCGCGUAACUUCGGUCGCAACUUUGGCGGCGACUCGCCUGACUUUGCUGUAGUGAGGCGCGCAAAUGGCGGUGGUCUCUUCGGUGGUCUCUUCGGUGGCCAGGACCAGGGCCAGGAUGGCCAGGGUGCAGCUGGUGCCGCUGGUCAGGGUACCACUGGCGUCACCGGGACUGGUGCUGAUGGCGCGGGUGCCGGUGCUGCCGGUCAGGGCGCUGGCCUUGGUGGACAGGGCACUGGUGCCGGCCAGGAAGGUGCAGGUGCCGGCGCUGGUCAGGGUGCUACCGGUUCCUGCUCUACUGGAGCGGGUGCUGGUGCUGGUCAGGGUGCAGGUGUUGGCGCUGGCGCCGGUGUAGGUCCCAGUUCAGGCGCGACUGGCUCGGACGCUGGCACUGGUAGCACCGGUUCGGGUGCAGGCUCUGGCUCGACUGGCUCUGACGCGACGAGCGCGGCCGCUUCUAAGGCUACUGCUACCGGUGCCGCUGGUGGUGCCGCUGCUACCGCCACGAGCGCUGCCACCGUUUCGACUGGAACGGCGGCUUCCUCGAGCUCAUCGAGCUUCAGCUCUGGCGCAGACUCUGGCGCCUCUGGUGCGAUUCCCGCCGCCGCGUAA